AUGCGUGGAUAUGUGGUGUAUCAAAAAAUUAGGAGAAACCUUCAAAACGUAGACAUUCCAGCGCUAUUAAUAUUUUUGAAGGAUCAUCAAAACAUCACACACAUAACUUUGGCGAAUAACAACAUUUCGGAUAGUGGCUUUAUAAGUUUACUCGAUCAUUUUGUAUUAUAUAAGAAUGUUGAGGAAUUGGAUUUGCAAAAUAAUAAUAUUGCUGAUCUUGGAAUUAAGUAUAUGCUGGAAGUAGGAAAGAAUUUGGAAAUAAAAAGUCUUAAUUUGGGGGCAAACAAAUUUGGUGUCCAUGCAUCAAAAGAUGUGGCACUUUUUCUACUAAAAAACAAGUAUAUACAUAGUUUAAAUGUUGCAGAAGUAAAUCAAACAGCUUCCAGUUUAAUAUACUUUAUGAUGGUUUUGAGCUCAGACCAAGAGAUCUCUAAUGGAACUUUAAAAAGCCUAAAUAUAAGUAGACCAAAUCCAGGAUGCAUGUAUUACUUUGAUUCUGUUCAUUUUGCAGAUGUCAUUGGUCACAUGCUGCAACAUAAUACUACUCUGAAAGCAUUGCACUUGCAAAAGUAUAACUUUGAUUGCCAUGAUAUUGAGAGCAUGAUGUUCAAUGCUAUACACAAUAAUUCAUUACAUUUGCUAGAUUUAGGUUGUAAUAAUAUAGGAGAUCAUGGUAUUAAUCACAUUGCCAAGUGGCUGGUGGAGAAGCCACCUUUGAAAACUCUUAUUUUGUGCAGGAAUAUCAUAACUGAUCAUGGUGCAAGGAGCUUAAGUUUUGCUAUUCCAUUUUCAAAACUUGUAUCACUUGAUAUUUCAUAUAAUAAGAUCACUGAUGAUGGAAUGGUCUAUAUUUUGUAUACAUUGAAGAAGUUUCCUAUGUUAAGACGGCUGAGAAUAUUCAGCAACUGUAUUGGACAUCCAGCUGCUAAAAGUUAUUUGCAGAUACUUAAACGAAUGUUGAUGUCUCAAGUGCUGCAACAAGAGAAUAUAGAUGUUAGACCAUAUAGAGUGGAUCACAGGUGGUACUUUGCAAGAUAUACAGGGGACUGUUGUAAAAAAGGAGAUGUUGAUGUUCCAUAUGGUCUCUUUUCACAAAUGUCAAAAUCUCCUCCUGUACAAGCAACUCGUCCAUGUAGAAAAUAUUACAAAUACACAUAUUCACAAACAACUAAGAUUGAUAUCCAACAUGUAGGUUUUUAUAUCUUCUAUUCUUAA